GAUAAGUACUACAUUAAUAUUUGGAUACAUACAUCGUAUAUUAAAUAGCAGACUUGCCUCGCCUUGACCAGUGAUCAAUUGAGACGUACUAAGGCGUGUCGUGUCCGCGUAUAACGUAAGCUUUAUUUACGUUUCAAAAACAAUAAACAUGGUUGUCAAACUUUACGUAAUGGACUUCAGCCCACCAGUGCGUGCGUGCUUGAUGGCUUGUGAGAUCUUCAACGUUCCAUAUGAGAGAGUAGAACUUGACUUGGAUAAACGUGAACAUCAUACUCCAGAAUAUUUAGAGAAAAAUCCUAUGCACACAAUACCAGUAAUGGAAGACGGUGACUUAACCUUACGUGACAGUCACGCAAUAAUGGCGUACUUAUCGGACACCUAUGCGAAAGACGACUCCUGGUAUCCCAAAGACGUCAAGAAACGAGCGCUAGUUAAUGAAAAACUAUUCUUCAACGCAUUUGUUGUUUUUAGUCGAUUACGAGUUGUUACUUAUUAUAUGCUACAGAAAGGAUACAAGAAAUUAGAACAAGAAUGGUUGGAGCGUAUCGUGGAAGCGUACAGUUUCAUAGAAGCAUUUUUAUCCAAAACUAUGUACAUCGCCGGAGAUGAUAUCUCAAUCGCAGAUUUAGCACUUUUGAGUAAUGUGUCUUCUUUAGAACAUAUGCAGCCAAUAGACACUGAAAGAUUUCCUAAUACCAUAGCGUGGUUAGACAAAAUGAAAGCAGCGCCAUAUUGUAAGAAACAUAAUGAAAAGGGUGUUAAAGACUUGGAUGGAUACAUUAAGAGUUGUAUAGAACAACAGGGUGUAUCAUCGAGUGAGACGUACAAACGCGGAUCGUGUUUUGUGUUUUUCAUAAAAGAUAAUAUUUAUAUAGAAACAAAUACAAAUAUGGGUGUGAAACUAUAUGCUGCAGACUUCAGCCCACCGGUGCGUUCCAGCAUGAUGGCCCUUGAUAUCUUCAAUGUACCAUUUGAGAAGAUAACUCUCAACUUACUGAAACUGGAACACCGUACUCCAGAAUAUUUGGAAAAAAAUCCGAUUCACUCGAUUCCAGUAUUGGAAGAUGGAGAUUUAAUAUUACAUGAUAGCCACGCAAUAAUGGCCUACCUAGCUGACACCUACGGAAAGGAUGAGUCUUGGUAUCCAAAGGACGUGAAAAAACGAGCUUUAGUUAACCAAAAACUAUUUUUCACCACAGGUGUAAUUUUCCCUAGACUACGAAUCAUUACAUACUAUCUUCUAGAAAAGGGAAGAAAAGCUAUAGAACAAGAAUGGCUGGACAACAUUGAAGAAGCCAUUGGUUUUGUGGAACAGUUCUUGUCCCGGACAAAGUUCAUCGCCUUGGGCCAUGUCACCAUUGCCGAUAUUGCAGUUUUAAGUCAUCUAUCCUCUGUGGAACCUAUUCUACCCAUAGAUCCGAAAAAGUACCCAAAGACGGUUGCCUGGUUAGAAAUUAUGAAAGCGACGCCAUAUUGCAAGAAAUAUAACGAAGAAGGUGUUAAAUCUCUGACUGCUAUUAUUUAUCACGCUAUUGGUAAAAAAUAAACAACUUUAAAAAAGUAUUAUUCUCUUAUAUUCCAAUAUUGUAAUGUAUGAUUAACGAUAAAUAAAUAAAUCAUUUGGUUUAAUAUUUACCUAUGCACCUAAUAAAA